AUGUUGACCGAAGAAGAGAUAGAGGAAAAGGUCUGCCAUAUACCGCCAAAAGAUGUGCGUACGCUGAGGUGCGAGCUCAUCAGGCGCAUCGAAAGCAUCACCCAGUCACUCGUGCUUAGUCUAUCUCGGGGAGAAAAGCCAAAAAUCACGUACGACGAUGGCAGAGAGUCGGGUUGGACAAACACGAGCAACAGCAUCAGCACGAGUAAUAGCUUCACGCAGAACGCUGAUAACCAGAUCUCCACUAGUUCCGAGAGGCGCUUGAAAACCAUCCGAUUUUCGGGAAACCAGGGCCGCCAGCGUUUAGCCAUCAUCAUGAGGAUAUUCCAGCACGUGCACACGAAUCUCAUCGCCAACUUGGUCAAGACGGAUGAUGACUUUUAUCACACGAGACGGGCGUUCUUCUACAGCCUAAAGAACGAGCAUAUCAAGCGCUUCGUCAAAAAACAGGACAGAGUCUUGAGGGCGAUCAACGAAGUAGCUAUGAUCCUCCAGUGCGGCCCCUGGGAUAUUGGUUUCAUUUCGACGAGCAAAGGGUUGGUAGCGGGCGAUUUAACGCUGCACCUUGGAGAGUCAAGGGUCAUUCAGUACGAUCAGCAGACCUGCCAGGCCGUCCCGGACGUCGUGGACAGCGUCACCCGAAUAGCGACCAGGGCAAACUUUGUUCUUGUUAUCGAAAAGGACUCUGUCUUUCAACGGCUCCUGCGCGAGCAUUGCGCCGGUUUUAACAAGUGCAUUCUCAUUACCGGCAAGGGCUACCCGGAUAUACCGACUCGAAUGCUCGUGCACCUGCUCUCCGUAAGAGCGCACUUGCCGGUUUAUGCCCUCGUUGACGCCAAUCCUCACGGUUUAGAGAUCAUGUGUGUAUACAGGUUCGGGACGCUAAACAAUUGGGGGUAUCGUGAACAGCUGCUAUGUCCCCACAUGCGCUGGCUAGGAGUUCAUCAAAACGAUUUAAGUAGAUUGGACAUUACUAAAAUUAAGCUGACACCACGGGAUCAGAAAAAGAUUAAAGACAUGAAAACUCGCAGCUACAUCGUAGACUGUGGUUUAUCGAUCCAUCUAGAUGCAAUGAGGUUCGGUAAAGCCGAAAUCGAGUCCGUCAAUAAGCCGAUUAAGCGCUUCCUAUCCGAAGUAUAUAUUCCCUUAAAAGUUCGAAGAAAAGAAUAUUUUUAA